ACGAGACAAGGAUCUCUUCCAGACUAGUUCCUCCAACGGUGGCCUUGCUCGCUUCCUCACCUUACCCUCCUCCUCUUCCGGGUCUCCAUCCCUGACCGUUACAGAUGGCAACGGGCAGAAGACGGAGGAUGCCAUCCUCUUGGAAGAAGAGGCUCAGAUGUACAUGCAGGCUCUGAAUGGGUUCAUCAUAGUGAUCCAGAGUGAUGGACAGAUCUUCUAUGCUUCACCAUCUGUACAGGAGUAUCUUGGAUUCCAGGAUGCGGACAUCAUGCACCAGAAUGUCUUUGAGCUGAUCCACAAGGAAGACCGGGAGGACUUCCAGAAGCAGCUCCUGGUGUGCCCACCCGCAACCUGCUCACAGGAUGUGACCCAGAGGAGUCUCACUAGUGCCAAUGGCUGCAGUGAUGACCACCAAGAUGUACCCCCUGAAAUGAAUGAUUCAGAGCAAUCAUUGGACCGAAACUUCACCAGUCGUCUCAGAUGCCUCCUAGAUGAAUCCUCAGGGUUUCUGAGCCUGCAGUUCAGCGGGCGUAUGCGUAUGCUCCAUGGCCAGCGGACGAGAGGCAAGGAUGGCAUACCCGUUGACGUGGACCCACCAGAGAUGGCGCUCUUCGCCUUGGCCUGUCCCCUCCAGCAGCCGACCAUCAUGGAGAUCUAUGUGCGGAACAUGAUCUUCAGGACGAAGCACAAGCUGGACUUCAAGACGGUCAAUCUGGAUACAAAGGGCACUGAAGUUCUUGGUUACACCGACACGGAGUUCCGAUCCUUGCCUGGCUACCAGUACGUGCAUUAUGAAGACAUCAUCUACUGUUCUGAGAUGCAUAGCUCAUUGAUCCGUAAAGGAGAGACUGGUUUCAUCUACUUCCGGUUGAUGUCAAAGGUCAUGAAGUGGAUCUGGGUCCAGGCUAAAGGGAGGGUCAUGUACAAGAAUGGCAAGCCAGACUACCUGGUCUCCACCCACAGGCCGAUGAGUGACGAGGAAGGAGAUCAGCAUCUGAUAAACCGUAGGAAGCCGUUCCGAUGGCCGUUCACAGGGAAAGCCGACCUGUACGAUUGCAACCCACCAUACCCUCCCAUUCCGCCAGUCAUACUACAUGCUCUUCAGAGAGGGGAGAUUCCCAGCUUUGGAGGAGGGCCACCCCCAGGAGUCCCCAUGGGAGAUAUGCCUCCAGGAAUGAGCGGAAUGCCACCAGGAAUGGGGGGUAUGCCACCAGGCAUGCCUCCAGGUAUGCCUCCUGGCAUGCCUCCAGGUAUGCCUCCUGGCAUGGGGGAGAUGCCUCCGGGAAUGACGGAUUUCCCUCCUGGUGGAAUGCCCCCCUUUGGAGACUCUGUGAAGUUCAGAGAUGACGGGCCACCACCGUUUGGUAUGAAUAAGGAAUCCAUGUUUAGUCCGAGGUCGGAAAGGGGUGGGACUCAAUCGUUCGAAGGACCCACACCGAGAUACCAGUUCAAACGAUCGCCUGGGUACUCCCCUCCCAACUACUCCUGCGAGGGCAUGGAGAAUGGUGGUAAUGAUAGGGUCGGUGGUGUCUUUGAUCAGAGGGUAAAUGGAAACAGAAGUCUUUUGGAAAAUGGAAUCAAGGGGCACAUCAGCCCCCAGGAGUCCCUUCCAACAAUGGCAGGGGAAUCCCUGAGGACAGAGUUUUCUAGAAAUAUUGGGGAUGCAUCUGUUAAUAUGUUGAGUGAAUCACAGACCUGGUCAUGCAGGCAUAAUGCUUUGAACAGUUUACCUGCUGAUCAAAGUGCUUUGUCAUCACCUCAGAUGCAUCCACAGCAGCUCCAACAGCAUCAGCAACAACAUCAGCAGCUCCAACAGCAACAGCCUCAGCAACAACAGCAGCAACAUCAGCAACAGCAGCAGCAACAACAUCAGCAGCUCCAACAGCAACAGCCUCAGCAACAACAGCAGCAACAUCAGCAACAGCAGCAGCAACAGCAGCAAUAUCAGCAACAGCAGCAGCAGCAACAACAACAACUUCGGUAUCAGCAGCAGCAGAAGAUCUCUACAUAUUUACCAUUGCAGAACCAUUCACAAGGUGCUGCCUUAGAAACUUCCAACAUGUGCUCUCCGCGAUCAACAGGUAGCAAUGACAGUGGGUUUAACAGUGUGCCCAUGCAUGGACAGAUGCAGAAUAAUGGUAUUGGCCGUAACCAAGCAUCAAGGAAAGUGGCUGUAGUGAGUCCUUGCCAAGUGAGUCCCGAAAUGCAACUUCCUCAGAGAGUCAAAGACCCCAGGGCUCCUACACUUAGCACAGGGAGCAUUGACAGUGGGGUGGACAACUUGCCAUAUGAGAAUGGAGAUGAUAUCCCAACAUUUGACGAAGCCCUUUCCUUAUCGGCGUUUGAAUCAGGACAGCAAGGGGCCAUUGCAAGAACUCUUAUGGCAAGCAGUGGUCCUGAAAUGCUUGCACCAAACACAUGGACUUCUAACAAUGAACAAUCAUAUAAUGCCCCAAAUCAGGAAUUCCACAAUAUGCCAAACCAAAUUGGACCAAAAGUAGAAAUGAACACUAUGCAGUUUAACCGUAUGCCAACUCAUAAUAAUGGACUAAAUCAUGACUCUUGUAACGUCUUGAGGUCGUUACUGAGUAAUCCUCAGACCCAGGUCUCUUGUAAGCAGGAGGUGCAGAGUUCUUCAUCUCCAGUCACGUCCAUCACCCACCCAAACACGGUAGAAUGGGGGUCACCAUCGGCCAAAACCCCUGUAAACUCCCUGAAUUCAGUCCAUCCCCAAUCCAGACAGCAACCCAGCAUGGCCACUCCUCAGUCCAAAAAUGUGUUCAUGCAAGGUUCCGGGUCGUCGCAGCAAAUGCCGCAUCCUGUGCAUUCUUCCAGGGUAUCUCAUUCACAGCAGCAAGCCAAGCACAGCCACCAGUCUAGCCAUCAAACCAACCUGAUGCAGUCUCAGGCGAGCUGUAAGUUGGAUGGUCAGAGACAGCAGCCACCAGCUCAAUCUGUCUUUGAUUCUCCAAACUCUUACAAUCCUCUAAACAAUCUUCCAAUGACCAGCCAGCACACUUCUAAUAUUCAGAAUCAGUCUCAGCAACAUGGGCAGAACUCAACGCAAGCACUGAGGCAAGAGUCACAUCAACACCGACAACAGCAGCAAUUGUUGGAAUUGCAAAGGCGACAGAUCCAACAGCCGAAUAGAGCUGCUGACAUUUCUUCCAACGGUCAACAGCAGUCAUGUCGGCAACAGACGCAGCAACAUGCAAUACAAACCCAGAUACAACAACCUUCAAGGGCUACUGCUAUUUCUUCUCAUCAUCCACAACAACAGCAACAGUUGGUUCAGCAACAACAGCGUCAGAUGUAUCAGCAACCACAACAAAUGCAUCCGCAGAAUCAACAGCUGCAGCCACAGCAGCAACAGCAAUUCAACCAACAGCAACACACCUUUCAGCAACAACCACAAGUGCAUCCGCAGCAACAGCAGCAGCAAUGGCAACAGCACAAUCAGCAACAGCAGCAGGGCCAGCAGUUCAAUCAACAGCAGCAUCGGCAGCAACAGAACUCCAGCUACAAGACAACAAACUUGCCAGUGAUGAAAUGUGAAAUGGAGACAAGGUACUCACAUGGGAUGGCAUCACAGAACAACAUGCAGUCGGACAGGAGCGGUUUCUCAGGAAACCAAGGGAUGAUUCACAAUGGUGGUGGAAGUCUUGGACUUGAGUUCAAUCAGGACAUGUCGAUUCCUGGCAACAACCUCCAUCCCACCAGCCAACUCGACCCGAUGACCUCGGACAUGACAUCGGAGCUCCUGUCCGCCAUGAUGCCCGGCAUGGGUGGCCAACAAGUAGGGGAGAACCAGGGACUCUUUGAGCUUCCAAUGAAGGGCAUGGUCAUGGGGAGCGGUGCUAUCAUCCAGAAUGGCUUCCAGGUCGCACUGACCCACACCUCGAAUGUCUGAGAUGAGUCAAUCCUGUGCCGAUCCCCAGAGGUUUCUCCAAGUUCCGGGCUUGGAUCCAGGGGUGCCAGUUUGCUGCCUGUUCUCAUCUUUAGGCCCUCUUUUAAUCCAGGGGAGUAUUUCAUGAAAGGACAUACUGGAUGUUUUAUCUGAGAGUUACCAUAGUAACAGUGCUUCUCAGCCAAUCAAAAUCAAAGAAAGUAACUUGUGCGACAAAAAUAUUGAUGAAAUACUCCCCAGGACUUGUCAAGGGCUAAUCUUCGAAGUGUACCUUGAUGGUUUGGCUAUGCAUGAACCUUGACCCUUGACCUGAUCUGCCUGACAUGUCCUGAGAUUUUCACAACCACGAUCCAGGCAGUAGUGCUCAUCAAGGUGCUGUGCUUAGUUUAUUAAGUCCUUUGUAAGGAAUACCGCGGCGUUGUGUUUAGAAAUCGGACAUUUGCCUCUUUCUUUUAUACAUCUACAGCUUUAAGAAUUGCAAUUCAUUGAUAGGUUUCUUUUAUAAAUUUAAUCAGAUUAAAAAAUGAACAUCAUCUGCGUAUUCAACUUAAUUUGAUAGUUAUCAUAGAUAUUUUCCUUUCUAUCUUUUUAAAAAUCAAACUAAACUUUGAUUGACCAAACAUGUUUAAAAAAAAAUCAAAUUAAACAAACAUUGCCGUGUGACAUAAAGCUUAGCAAGUGGUCGUGGGGCUUUUUAUUAUGAUUGAUCCUAUACAAUAAUCAAUGUAAUCAGUUGUGGAAAUAUGCCACACUAUCAAUCACUAGGCUUUAUGUUACGGGCCCCGGAUGUAAGUUUCUCCAUUAUGACAAGGUUGAGUAUCUUCAACCCUGGGCCCCGUAACAGAAAGCUUAGCAAGUGAUCGUGAGGCUGUUGAUUAUGAUUGAUUGUAUAUCAAUGUAAUCAAUUGUGGAAAUAAGCCACACUCUCAAUCACUAGGCUUUAUGUAACAGGCCCCUGAUAUGUAAGUUUCUCCAUUAUGAGAAGGUUGAGUAUCUUCAACCCUGGGCCCCGUAACAGAAAGCUUAAUAGCAAGUGAUCGUGGGGCUGUUUAUUAUGAUUGAUUGUAUAUCAAUGUAAUCAAUUGUGGAAAUAAGCCACACUAUCAAUCAACAGGCUUUAUGUUAUGGUGCCAAGGAAUGUCCAACUGGCACCCUUGGUCAUGUGACUCCAGCAUCAUAGCCAAAGAUGAAAUGAGGAACAAGACCAGGGGUUUCACAGAGAUUUAAGUAUGACUUAAAUCGCACUUCAAUGCCAACGUGUAUCUCAAAUGCAACGCGCAAUCUAAUUGAUCAAUACAAUACGCGGUAGUGCCCGUCCUCUUUGUAUGAUCUGACCAAUGCGGUGAUGCCUUUUACACCACAUGCAACUAGGCAUUUAAGUGCGACUCUAAGUCAUACUUAAAUCUUUGUGAAACACCCCCCUGGUCACCAUCUUACCAAGAGGUGCAAUUGAUCUGGGGCCCGUUGCAGAAAGAGUUGCAACUUGAUUUUCGACCAAUCAACAGCGCGCAUUUUGGACUUACGAUUGAUUUUUUGUCUUGCGUUUAAACGCAACUCUUUCUGCAACGGACCCCAGAUCAACCAAAACAAUUGAAAGCCAGUAGCGUCAAAAUAUAGAAUGCAUGUUUUAAAAAAAUGUUUUCUAGAUAUGAUGUAUAUUCAUAACAUUUGUUGUUUUAUUGACAAUUCAGUAUGCUCCUCUUUGUUUGCAAAUUUCCUGUAGGAAAAAAUUAUGACAUUGAUGGAUUUCCAUACAGUUGAGGUUGAUCGGACAAAUCAAAAUUCCUUGUAAGACGGGACCCUGGGUUGAUAUUUGUGGUUCCCUCCAUGGAUUCCUAGGGACCCUUUGGCCUUAGUAUUGCCUUCCUGACGCCAAGGUGGUUGAAAUUAUUUGAUGAUUUCGGAGAUAUAGAGAGAGACAGAGAUAAAGAGGGAGAGAGAGGGGUUGGUGGGGGGCAAAGAAAUUAAAUGUAGGUUUAUACCAUAUAUGCAAUCAUGAAUGAUCCAAGUUAAAAGAAUUGUUACACAAGUUUGAUUUCAUAUGAUACUAGUGAUUACCGUGCUAUUACAUUCUGAGUAUAAAUAGAAAUCAGAUGGAUUUUACUUUUUGAAUUAGUAAAAGCCAAGUGGAAUUUAACCCUAAAAUGGCCGGGGGGGGGGGGUUGAUUCAACCCCCCCCUCAACAUUUUCUGCGAUCAUUCCGCCGCGCAAAAUUUUUUGACCGCGCCACUCGCAGAGUUUAUACAUUUAAGUCUCGCGCAUCUUUUGAGACCAAAUUUACGACGCCCGGGUACGCGGUUCCAAAAUUACGCAACAUUUUGUAAGUGCAUGUCAGACCAAAAAUGAUUCCAAAACGUGAUUUUGUGUACAAAGUCAAUGCAAAUUGAGUUUUCUCAUCUUAUUCAUAAAGAUAUGAUUAUUUUUACUUUAAACAGCUGAAAGCAAUUGAUUUUAGCAUAAUUAUGCUUCAAAGAGGUUGUGCAAUAAAUCUGGCG